GUGAUUGCCAGCCACUUGAUGCCUGCUGAGAUCAGGCCAAAGCAAUAUCUAAUGUACAAGUAGUGCUUUGACGCCACAGCUCAAUUAAGUUUGUAACAACAACAGAUGUAGUGUGGUGUGUGAGCCUUUAAAAGGCGGGGCUUAGUUUGGGUGUGAGAUUUUUUAUUUUAUUUUUUCCCACUCCAGUGACAAUGUAUCUGAAAAUUGCUUGAAACUUGAAAUCUGACUCACAGCGCAAAGCAUUUUUUGAAUAAAUUGAACUGGUAAUGGCAAGUUCCACCUCAUGUAAGAUACUUUUUGAAAUCUGUUUCCAGCUCGAGGCCGGCGGCUACCACGAAAGGGGCUCGAUUCCGCGAAGCCUCGCUCGGCUGUGGGGAAAUAUGCCGCCAUUCUGGUGGGUGCCCCCGCCGAGGUCCGCGGGGCUCAUCAUCCGCGUGACUCGGAUGACUGCGAGAAUGGCGGCCGGCCACCUGCGGCGACUUCUCGUCCCGAGGUGCGAUCCGAUGCCGGAAAACCGGAACAAUCCACCUUGAGGAAAUAGCCCACAGUGACAAGCUCAAGUCCAAAGUAGGACCAGAUUGAGGCCCGUCUAUUUUACGCGGUCAACCAACCAUCUUGUCCUCCCAAUCAGCAAGACACUUCUUCACACCGUUGUGUGGCUCAAAUUCAAAAGCAGCAGGCAGUCAACGCGGGGCCCUCUUCCUCUGUGGCCUCUCCCCAGCUGAAUAAGGAGUCGAAAGAAAAUGCGGCAGCACAGCAGCAGGCCAUGUUGGACCACAUCAAACCAUGCUGGUACUGGGACAAGAAAGAUUUAGCACACACGCCCUCUCAGUCGGAAGGCCUGGACCCAGGCACCGAAGCCCGCUACCGCAGAGAGGGAGCCCGCUUCAUAUUCGACGUGGGCACCAAACUCGGCCUACAUUACGACACACUGGCGACGGGCAUCAUCUACUUCCACCGUUUCUACAUGUUUCACUCUUUCAAGCAGUUCCCCAGAUAUGUGACGGGAGCUUGUUGUCUCUUUCUGGCGGGCAAAGUGGAGGAAACGCCCAAAAAGUGCAAAGACAUCAUCAAGACGGCACGCAGUUUGCUCAACGAUGUGCAGUUUGCGCAGUUUGGAGAUGACCCCAAGGAGGAGGUGAUGGUGUUGGAGCGAAUCCUGCUGCAGACCAUCAAGUUUGACCUGCAAGUAGAGCAUCCUUACAUGUUCCUCCUGCGUUACGUCAAGCAGCUCAAAGGGGAGAAGAAUAAAGUGUGCAAGGUGCUCCAGAUGGCUUGGACCUUCGUCAACGACAGCCUGUGCACCAUGCUGUCGCUGCAGUGGGAGCCGGAGAUCAUCGCGGUGGCCGUCAUGUACCUGGCGGGCCGCCUGUGCAAGUUCGACCUCCAGGAGUGGACGGCAAAGCAAUCGUCGCGCCGCUGGUGGGAGCAGUUUGUCCAAGACGUCCCCGUUGAGCUCCUCGAAGACAUCUGCCAUCAGAUCCUGGACUUGUACUCCCACGGCAAUAAGCCCAUCCCCCAGCAGAUGCAGGAUAAGGAGCGGGCGCCCGCUGCCCCCAUCCUGACUCCCACCCCCCCGGCGCCGCCAUUAGCCGCCAACCCUCCGCCGCCUCCGCCCCCGGCCAAGAAGGCGUCCCCGCAAGGCGGGAGCCCAGCGCGACAACUCAAACGGACACAUACCUCCCCCAAGGAAGAACCAAAGCCCUCAGAACAAGCUGGAUCAAAGAUUCCUCGACUGGAGAGCCCCAUGCCGCCGCUGCCCACUUCGCAACCGCCGCCGCCACCGGAGCGCAAACCCGCUGCCCCUGCCCCACCCACCGAAGUGGAAGCCCCAAGCGAAGCAGCCCCGCCGCCACCUCACGCGCCACCGCCUAACCAGCCCCACGCGCCCCCUCCCCUCCCUCACCGGCCACCUCCGCCGCCACCCUCCAACUACGUCAUGUCCACCACCAGCUCGUACAUGUCGGGCGAGGGCUACCAGAGCCUGCAGUCCAUGAUGAAGACGGAGGCGCCCUCCUAUGCGCCCCCCAUGCCACCAACCUACGCCCCCCCGAUGCCACCCUACCACGUGUACCCGCCGCCCAGCGCCCCACCACCGACCCAUCCUCCACCUGCGGGCUACCCGCCGCCCACAAUGCCUCCUAGCUACCCGCCGCCCGGCUACACCAACUUUCCUCCCCCGCCACACAUGCCACCCACCCACGUACCCCCGCCCAUUGGCCUCCCCCCUGCCGGAUACCCGCCCCCGCCCGUGCCGCAAGGCCAGCCACAGGUGCCCCUGCCCCCGCCACCUGGCAUGCCCAUGAACCGCGGUGGAUGGAUGAGAUGAAACGAGAUGAGAUGAAUUUCAGCCGAUAGAGCCGGUCUAAUUUUUUUGUGUGUUGUUGACAUCGUGUCGUGGUUUAGGUCGACCACGUGGAAUUUUCUGCCCUUGUGUGCCUUACGUUAGCAAGGCAUGGUUCUGCUUCUCACCCUCACCUUUGGGUUUGUGUCAAAUUGGCAUUUUGGGAAAAAUAAUUUGCAUUUUUUGUUCAGUUUUCUUACACCUAGGUUAGGGACCAACACUUGACAGGAAUAGUAGCUGUAUAGACAGAGGCGGGGCCCACUAGCCACAAAUUGUACAACGUGAGAAUAAUCAGUCGUCCCAAAAAUUUUCAAAAUU